AAAAUUAAAAGAGGAAAGAAAAUCCGCCCGAGACCAGGCAAAUCCGGAUGGACGAAGGCAGUAUUUCCUGCCCAGCUGCCAAAAGGCAUCAGUUUUUUGAGGCAAACUUGGGCCGGUUUCCGCGGAGUGAAGAAUGACGUCAAAGGCGAGGGCUCAAGACUUCCUCGGAAAAAAAAAGUGGGGGGUUACAGUCAGCACCAAGGACGGAAAAGACGGAAGCAGCUGCGAGAGCUUGUUGGCCAGUCUCUGGGGUGCGGACGGGCGGGACCAAGCAGGCCCCGCCCCAGAGUAGGCCCCGCCCACCGACCGGCAGCUCGCCGCCGCCACCAGGGGUCGCUGCGCGCCGCAGGAGCGAGGGCUGGUCUUUCUGCCCCUCUCCUCGCUGCUCCGCCCGCGGAGCGGUGUCGGCGCCAAAAUCAAACCCGCCCGAGCCGGCCCCGCCCCUCGCCGCGUGCCGGCGCCGCCACCGGAAGACGAGCCGCCGGCGCCAUGUCGAAGAAAAAAGGACUAAGUGCAGAGGAAAAGAGAACCCGCAUGAUGGAAAUAUUUUUUGAGACGAAAGAUGUAUUUCAACUAAAAGAUAUGGAGAAGAUUGCUCCCAAAGAAAAAGGCAUUACUGCUAUGUCAGUAAAAGAAGUCCUUCAAAGCUUGGUUGAUGAUGGUAUGGUUGACUGUGAGAGAAUUGGAACAUCUAAUUAUUAUUGGGCUUUCCCAAGUAAAGCUCUUCAUGCCAGGAAACGUAAGUUGGAGGUUCUGGAUUCUCAGUUAUCUGAGGGAAACCAAAAGUAUGCAAACCUACAGAAAAGCAUCCAGAAAGCUAAAAUCGGCAGACAUGAAACAGAAGAGCGAACUAUGCUAGCAAAAGAGCUUUCUUCGCUUCGAGACCAAAGGGAACAGCUAAAGGCUGAAGUAGAAAAAUACAGAGAAUGUGACCCACAAGUUGUGGAAGAAAUACGUCAAGCAAAUCAGGUGGCCAAAGAAGCUGCUAACAGAUGGACUGAUAACAUAUUUGCCAUAAAAUCUUGGGCCAAAAGAAAAUUUGGGUUUGAAGAAAACAAAAUUGAUAAAAAUUUUGGAAUUCCAGAAGACUUUGACUACAUAGACUAAAAUGUUUGAUGUUGUUGAUGGUGAAGGAGCUAUGUGCUUGUGAAUAUGUAAAUUUUUAUGUUAUCCAGCUAAAGGUACUGAAUUGUCAUUUACCUGUAACUGUCUUUAUUGUUUUAUUAAUUUUAAAUAAAGUAUGGAGUGUGGAUGUUUUCACCCUUUGAUUAGUCAAAAGCAGGAUGUAGCCACGUUCCCUCAGUGCUCAUCAGAGUUAGUAAAACCUGUUAAGCCUACCAGUAAUUUUUUUUAAUAGAUCAAAGCCAUCAUGACAUGAUAACAUUUUUUAGUUUUAUUCAAAUAUUAAGAACCAAGGGUACCUUUGAAGGCUGUAUUAUACAUGCUUGAAAAUAACUUUCAAAACUAAUGGCUGCUUUACUGUUAAUAUUUCUCAGUAUUUAAUGGAAAAUGUGUCUGAUUGAGUCUCAGUAUACUGCAUCAUAUUUGCAAAUUUCCCACAGGAAAAAAUACAGAAAGUUGGUGUUCCUUAAAUUUAGAGUUAGGUAAUAAUUCCUCAAACAUGAAAGCUACUUUUUUUUUAAUGUUUGAUGCCUUUCUGCUGUAACGAAGAAAAGCAUGCCCUUUGUCCUAAUUUAUACGCUUGUAAGAUGAUAUAGUAGUGUUAGUAUAGCAGGCAUACUCAGCUAGGGUUCAGGAAUUUUUUUUUUCAACUACCUUCAAAAAAGAGUAGGUGAAAAAUAAUGUAUGUGUGUCUUGUGUAUAUAUCUUUUUCCAGUUCAACUUUGGCGUUUAGGGUAUUUGCAGGACAAACUUAAAGAAAAGAAAACUCAGGACGAAUGUGUGUAAUGCCCUUUCCACACAUGCCUUAAUUUUUCUCCACACAGUCCAAUUUUUAUAUUCUUUUCAGUAACUUGAAUGAGGUACUCCAUAUGUUUGAAGUGACCCAGAUGUAUCCACACCAUUUGUUAGUAAAUCUGGUCUUUGAGUUGCCGUUGAGUUGCCAGGGGCCUACUUAAUCACUUCCUGGAUGUGGACAGGCGCUUACUGGUCCAACUUUGUUCUCAGGGCUAGUUUAUGUUGCCUUAGGGCAAUAGCUCUUCUCACAGGAGAAAGUAUUUGAUGUAAGAGGCAAAGGGCAAAAAAUAAAAAUAACCCAUCAUAAGCCUUUCCCUAAUACGCUAAUGGGAAUUCCAAAAUUUCUCAGACCUUGUUUGCUGUUUCUUAGAAAGAUGCUUCUGGGAAUUCCCUGGCAGUCCAGUGGUUGAGGCUUCCCAGGUGGUGCUAGUAGUAAAGAACCCACCUGCCAACUUAGAAGGCAUAAGAAAUACAGGUUCCAUCCCUGGGUCAGGAAGAUGCCCUGGAGGCAUGGCAACCCACUCCAGUUUUCUUGCCUGGAGAAUCCCAUGGAUAGUGGAGCCUGGCAGCUACAGUCCACAGGGUCACAAAGAAUCGGACAUGACUGAAACGAUUUCGCAUCCAUGCAUGCCAGUGGUUAGGAGACUGCGCUCUUCUGCCGAGGGCCCAGGCUUGAUCCCUCGUGAAACUAAGGGAACUAAGAUCCCACAAGUGACAUGGCAUGGCCAAGAAAACGUUUUUAAUUAAAAAAAUUAAAAGGUACUUUUCUCUUUAGAGAGGAGGUAUAUAUAUUCAAAAAGAAAGCCAUUUUUAAUGGCUUAAAAGAUUCUAUUUCAUAAAUAUUUAGGUAGCUUCAACAUUUUUUUUCUUUUACUAUCUUGUGGGGCUAGCUGAGAAUCACUUCUCAGCAUUUGCCUGAGAUCAAGUGUAGUAUGGGGGCUUCUCAGGUGGCACAGUGGUAAAGAAUCUGCCUGCCAGUACAGGAGACACAAGAGACGGAGGUUUGACCUCCGGGUUGGGAAGGGGAGUAAAAAAUGACAACCCACUCCAGUAUUCUUGCCUGAAAAAUUCCAUGGACAGAGGAGCCUGGUGGGCUACAGUCCAUGGGGUUGCAAAGAGUUGGACACCACUGAGCGGCUGAGCUCACAGCAUGAGAAUGAUCGUGAUGGAGUCUGUUCAUGAGCUCCCCAGAGACUGGUACCCUCCUAAGCCAGCAAUGUGCUAGUAGAUGUUUAACUAAACUGAAUCUUUGGAAAGUGAGUUCGGGCCUGGCUUAUAGAAUGUGCCUAUUUGUGUGAUAUAAAUACACCCAGCAUAGAGAAUUUCAGAUUAGCACAUAGUGACAGUGUCAGGUUGGAGAAAGAUGCUUGGUAUCGUGUAUUUCUACCGUACAGAUACAGUGGAUGUAAAUCCUCUAGAGCCUAGAUAAGGGUAACAUGUAAAGUAAUUAGGGAGCAAUGAGUUUUUAGUUUUAGUACUAUUGAUUUCAAUGCAGCUAUAGUUCAUCGAAAAGCAAGAGAGUUCCAGAAAAAUUUCUAUUUCUGCUUUAUUGACUAUGCCAAAGCCUUUGACUGUGUGGAUCACAACUGGAAAAUUCUGAAAGAGAUGGGAAUACCAGACCACCUGACCUGCCUCUUGAGAAACUUGUAUGCAGGUCAGGAAGCAACAGUUAGAACUGGACAUGGAACAGCAGACUGGUUCCAAAUUGGGAAAGGAGUGCGUCAAGGCUGUAUAUUGUCACCCUGCUUAUUUAACUUAUAUGCAGAGUACAUCAUGAGAAAUGCUGGACUGGAGGAAGCACAAGCUGGAAUCAAGAUUGCCGGGAGAAAUAUCAAUAACCUCAGGUAUGCAGACGACACCACCCUUACGGCAGAAAGUGAAGAACUAAAGAGCCUCUUGAUGAAAGUGAAAGAGGAGAGUGAAAAAGUUGGCUUAAAGCUCAACAUUCAGAAAACUAAGAUCAUGGCAUCUGGUCCCAUCACUUCAUGGGAAAUAGAUGGGGAAAUAGUGAAAACAGUGUCAGACUUUGUUUUUGGGGGGCUCCAAAAUCUCUGCAGAUGAUGAUUGCAGCAAUGAAAUUAAAAGACACUUAUUCCCUGGAAGGAAAGUUAUGACCAACCUAGAUAGCAUAUUAAAAAGCAGAGACAUUACUUUGCCAACAAAGGUCCAUCUAGUCAAGGCUAUGAUUUUUCCAGUAGUCAUGUAUGGUUGUGAGAGUUGGACUGUGAAGAAAGCUGAGCGCCAAAGAAUUGAUGCUUUUGAACUGUGGUGUUGGAGAAGACUUUUGAGAGCCCCUUGGACUGCAAGGAGAUCCAACCAGUCCAUCCUAAAGGAGAUCAGUCCUGGGUGUUCAUUGGAAGGACUGAUGUUGAAACUGAAACUCCAAUGCUUUGGCCACCUCAUGCGAAGAGCUGACUCAUUGGAAAAGACCCUGAUGCUGGGAGGAAUUGGGGGCAGGAGGAGAAGGGGACGACAGAGGAUGAGAUGGCUGGAUGGCAUCACCGACUCGAUGGACGUGAAUUUGAGUAAACUCAGGAGUUGGUGAUGGACAGGGAGGCCUGGCGUGCUGCAAUUCAUGGGGUCACAAAGAGUCGGACAUGACUGAGCGACUGAACUGAACUGAUAAUCCAUCAUAGUUUGUGUGAUUUCAUCUUAGAGAUGGCUGUGUUAACAGCUGGCCCACUGUUACUUAAUAGUUGACUUGCCUACUGCAGCACAUCACUGUUCUUAAUCUUGAAGGGCUGCUUUUGAGUUUGCUCUUCCCUGAAAUUAGAGAGAACUGAUUAAGAAGCCCGGGGCACUGGUCCAGCAAAACUCUAGGUAAUCAUUAGUCCUGGGUUGGUUUUGUAAUUGACCUCAAGACUGAGGACAACUUUGGUAGACCUAGAGUCAAAUUGCUAGUGAUUCAGGAUCAAAUUUGAUUCAGUGUUAUAUGAUUGACACUCCCGAUGUCAUUUCAAUGAAUUGUGAGGUUUAAAAGGCAUUUGAGAGGUGAUUUCCAUCUUUACAACCUUCUUCACAUGUACCUAUCUUUUAAAGAACCCUAGGAGAAAUUUUGCUGGAGAAGGAAAUGGCAACCCACUCCAGUGUUCUUGCCUGGAGAAUCCCAGGGACAGGGGAGCCUGGUGGGCUGCCAUGUAUGGGGUCGCACAGAGUUGGACAUGACUGAAGUGACUUCGCCACAGUAGCAGGAGAAAUUUUACAGUCUCCUCAUGAGUUUCAAUUUUCAGGGCCAGGUCAGACCACUGAAAUGUCACUUCUGAGGUUGGGCCAGGACCAAAGAAAUCCGUAAGGAUGGAUUGGGUACCACUUUUCCACUGAUGUUUGCUGCAUCAUUAGUCUAAUAGGAUUAGGAAAUUCUUGGCCUGUCUCAGAAAUUGAUGCUAUUAUCCUAAACUUUACCAAACAUGAUUCUAAGGGAUUAGAAAAGAAAAUGAGUACAGCCAAGAAGCAAGAACCACCCUAAUAAAUCUUGAUCAGAAAAAUCUAAAUUAUAAACCCAGUAAUACUGUUUUGGGGGUUUUUUGUUUGUUUAAGAACAUGAUUGGAGUAAAAUAGAAAACAUUUUCUUGCUGAUAUGCCAUCAUUGUAAGAGCAGUUACAAUGAGACAGGUGGUGGGAGGGUGUCAAAAUUAUACAUAAAUCCCCUUUCAGGAUGUGCUUCCUGAAUACUGUCUGUAUGCUAGGAGGAAAAAUGGACUGCAUUGUGAACUGUCCCACUGCAGUGAAUUUAUAUUAUACUAACUCCAGCUUGAUUUUUAAAAAAUGAUUUGUAAGAGAUAAGAGGUCAGGUGAUAUGACUAUCUUUGAAUCUCAAGGCUAAUGAUUUCUAUUAACCAAGAAUGGCAAGCUACCAUCCCAAGAGCCAACUUCAAGGCCCGAUUUUUACAGCCCUGGAGCUAAGAAUGCCUUUUUACACUUUUUAAAUGAUGUAAACAUAGGAGUAAGCAACAGAGGCAGUAUGUAGCCUACAAAACCUGAAAUACUUAGCAGCUGAAACUUUACAGAAAAAGUUUGUCAACUUUCAAAAGAUCAAAAGCUGACAGCCUGUGGUCUAGAUAGAUAGACAUGCAAGGCAUAUUUUGCAUAACCUGUAUUUUAUUUUUUAUUUAAAUUAGUUGUCAGCACAGUCACAUGUAAAAUGUCACGCACAUUUCUAGCUUCUUUUGGAAACUGAAUGAUUCAGCAACCCACAUGGCAGCGCAUCUGCUAGAGGUGAGAGGACCCAGGGAGGGCGAGUGCACCUUUCUCCCGAAGUCACUCUUCUGUUCCAGGUGGCACUCUGAUGUGAGAUCAAGCUUUAGUCUCAGCUUUUCAAAUUCCCUAAGAAAAAUCCUGGUGCCAUUUUUUGUAUUAAAUGUUUAACAUAGAACUGACAUCUUGAUGGUGAAGCAUUCUGUGCACAAACAAGCGAUGUCUUUCCGUAUACUCAGACAUGCUUUUAGUGUUCCCUGCAGUUUUGUAGAUGGGCUCGCCUGGUGACUCAGAGAGUGCGCAGUCUGCCUGCAGUGCGGGAGACCUGCCUUUGAUCCCAGGCUCAGGAGGAUGCCCUGCAGACGGGCAUGGUAACCCACCCCAGUUUUGUUGCCUGGAGAAUUCCAUGGAUAGAGGAGCCUGGUGGGCUACCAUCCAUGGGGUCGCAAAGAGUCAGAUACAACUAAGCAACUAACACACACAGUUUUUCCAGUGGUUUUAUAGUUUUCUUCAUAUAAAAUUUUUACCUUUUUUAAAUGUAUUCCUAAGUAUUUUAUCUUUUAUUACCAUUUUAAAUGGAGUUUUUUCUAAUGGGUUAUUUAUGUAUCUGGAGGCUGUUUUGCAUAUUAACUUUGCAUCCUGCCAUCUUGCUAAGUUCUUUUUUGAGUUUGUUUUAUAAUUCUUCGAAGUUUUCCAGAUAACCUAUCAUAUCAUAUUCAAAUAGACAUAGUUUUAGUUCUUCUUCUCUCUUUGUUUUCUCAUUGAUUGCAUCAGCUAAUACCACUCAUAAAACUGUAGUAGAGGUAGGAACAUCUAUCUUAUUUCUGACUUCAGUAAGAUGUCAGAAUUCUGCAUUAAGUAAAAUGCUCUCCUUUCAUUGACAAUGUUAAGGAAAUAUCCUGUUUUCUCAAGAAUUUGUAUAAGGAAUGCUUGUUAAAUUUGUUCGAGUUUUCCCCAUCUAUGGAGGUAAGCAUAUGAUCUUUCUUUUAAAAUCUAUUAAUAAAGUGAAUGAUAUUAAUAAAUUUUUCACACUCAACUAUCUGUACAUUCCUGGUAUAAAACCUACUUAGUCAUGGUGAAUUAUUUUCUUAAUGUGAUAUUAGAAUUAGAUAUUAUGUAGAUACUAAUAGUUAUAUGGAUAUUAAUAGUUUAGAAUUUUUGCAUCAAUAUUCAUAUUCAUAAUUUUUUCUUUAUGUGCUAUUUGUACAGAUUUGGAUAUCAGUGUUAUACUAAUGUUAAUCCUUAAAAGGGAUUUGCAAGUUUUCUUUCAUCUGCUCUGAAACAAUUUAUGUAAUACUGGGAUUACCUGGCUUCUGAAGAUAUUCAACUAUAAUUUUCAACAACAAAACCAAAAUCUGGAUCAUUCUGAACAUAUGAAUUAGUGCUGUUUUGCUUUUCACUUAAGAGUUUGGAAAUUUUGUUCAAAAAAUUUGUUUUACUUGCUAUAUAUUAUUUGUUCAUAAAGAUGUUCUAAGAUUUAUACACAUUUGGUUUGUUUUCAGUUGCAUGCUAUUUCAGAUGGUGUUUUCAUAGAACAUUCCCAAACAUCUGUCUGUGCAUUCAUAGGAGUUCUUGAUAAGAGAAAAAAAGAAGCUCUCUUGUUUUGUACUCAAGAAGACUAUUCAUGAAGAACUCUACAUGCUCUACAAAGAUUAUAAGUAAUGUAAGAUAGAGCUGAGUUUUAUAGAAAAGAAGGGGAAGGGUAAUGGCUUUGAGGACUUUUUAAAUUGCUUUUUCAAUGGGUUUUCAGAAAUGGAUUCUAAGUAAUUUUUUAUUGCAACAAUUUGUAAAAAAAAAUGUGCUGGGACUCUAUUAUCAAAAACAGAUUUGUAAAAAUUAACUGCCUUUUAGCUGAAAUUUAUUAAUUAGAAAGAAAAUUUGUAAUUAAUGCUCAGGUUAUCUUUAGGUUAAAGACUAGCUUUUAAAGGUUAAAUGCCAAAUGCUUUCUGAAAACCUCCCUAGAAUGUGCCUCACCGAUGUGGAGACUGGGUUUGAUGCAGGAAGGGCGGGUUACUUUGCACGCCCUCACCUGGAAGGCAUUGUGUUUCUCAUAGCAUUUGGAAAAGUAACUACGGGAACUUUUUGCACAUUUAAAUUGAGCAGAUAUGUCAUUUUUUCCUGUCCAGUUGUGGUUGUUACCGUGUUUAGGUCAACUUACUUUUGACUUACAUGCGUUUCCUGUGUUGUGUGAGCUCUGGGGACCCACACCUGACUGAGUUUAACUUUCUUAUUAGCAAGUUUCCAUCAGAGCAGAUUUGGUUUGAUUCUGAGGUCAACUGGAACAAAUACUUUGCUUUUAAGGACGCUAAUAAAAUCAGUUUAUAUUUA